AUGCUGCAUUGCGUUGGUGAUCCCGAGUGGCUUUGGAGCGUUCAGGCCGAAUUGUCAAAAUCAUCAUGUCCAGUGAUUAUCAACGGAGACCUCAAUAUCGAGCCUCUGUCCUACGUGUAUACCUAUAUUAGCGAAUCGAGCAUCUUUUUGCGAGGUUUACCUCGUAAUGAGCUGUCUGGCCAGGGAGCACACGGAGGACCAUGCGUUCAAGCCGAUAAUAUUUUACCGUCCGCAGCAAGGAUUGGUCGAGACAGUAUGUUCAUUGACGAGAAAGUUCCAGCUCCGAGAAAAGAAGUUGAUAGCGAUUAUUUCACCCAUCCGUUGCGACUGGCGUCUGUUUAUCAUCACUUCAAUCAAAAUGGAGAGAAGGAAGUCUCUACGUAUCACAAAGAAGUGGCUAAUCCGGAUUUUAUAUUCUACUCGAUUGAGAAGAAGAAAACCAUCAAUUCGGCCACUCAAAUUUACGAAGCCCCAGAACUUCGAUUGCUUCGGAGAUUAGGUUUACCGGGAUUGACGAUGCUGCAAGAAUACGUUGGGGCCGUGGCCGAAUCGUUAUGUGCCGAGUGA